AUGUGGAAACCGCCGCUAAAUUUCAUCACCAUACAUUAUGCUUAUAUUGUCACACUGAGCAUUUCUUCAUUGGUCGUUCUAUAUCCUUAUGGGAAUCUGAAAGCAAUCGACGCAUAUUUCUUCGGCGCCUCGUCCUGUACAGAAUCUGGUCUUAAUACCUACGACGUCAAGGAUCUGAAAACCUAUCAGCAACUGUUCAUUUAUGUCAUUCCCAUUAUCUCCCACCAUGCAUUCAUAAACAUUGCAGUAGUCCUUGUGCGUUUACAUUGGUUCAGAAAACGACUCGAUGAGAUCGCUCCCACUCAGGUUCGACAUCGUCACGAUGUAGAAGCCAAGGCCUACAAACCCCUUGAAAAUGGGAAGAAAUAUACUAGCAACGAUCAGCAUAUAACUGAUGCUACUGCCCUAAAUGUGAUAUCGACUGGUGAACAUACGAACGAAACAGAUAAGCCCCAGGCUCAAACUGCCGAACCAACCGGUAGAAGCAUAUCAUUCGCAGCUGAUGUGAGAGGCUACGAUAAAUCAAAAGCCUUAUAUGUGCCGCCUCCGCAGGAGCGUGACAGGGGGAGACCAAUGGUAGAAAUUGACGAAAUAUUUAGUGACGACGAUGAAAUCACGAAGACAAACGAUUCCAAUGUUAGAGGAUCGCUCCCCGCACGUCGAAAGAUAAUGGGUAGCUCUCGCAUUACUAGUACUACCACGCUUGAGAGAGUCGCUUCAUCUAUCUUCGUGCUUGAGGGGAGGCCUAGUACGAGGCAAAAACAACCGCCGCUUCAACAUUCUCUUUCAGAGCAUUUGCAUCUACCGUUGUCCUCUCACGCAGCUUUAGGGCCCAAUUCUCAGUUUCGCAAUUUAACGGCCGAGGAUCGAGAAACGUUGGGCGGGAUCGAGUAUCGUAGUCUGAAAUUGUUGCUCAAAAUCGUCACUGCAUACUUUUUCGGCCUUCACCUCUUUGGCGCGGUAUGUUUGCUUGGUUGGAUCCUACAUUCGGAUCCGAAAUAUCGGAAGUAUCUAAAAGAGUGUGCUCAGUCCCCUGUGUGGUGGGCAUUUUAUUCAUCGCAGACGAUGAUAAGUAAUCUUGGAUUCACACUUACUCCCGACUCGAUGAUCUCCUUCCGGGAUGCGGAAUGGCCGAUGAUCCUCAUGAGCUUCCUUGCCUAUGUCGGAAACACAUUUUACCCCUGUUUCCUCCGCUUUAUAAUUUGGACGAUGUCCCUAAUAGUCCCGAAAACAUCACCGCUGAAGGAGCAGCUCAAUUUCCUUCUGAAGCAUCCGCGUCGAUGUUACACGCACCUUUUCCCAAGCGGAACAACUUGGGCUCUCUUUGCGGUCCUUUUUAUCCUGAACUUCGUGGACAUAAUUCUGAUGAUAACUUUGGACCUCCACAAUCCAGCUGUUAACGAUUUACCCUGGGGAAAGCGAAUUCUGGCUUCGUUAUUCCAAGCAGCGUCCACACGACACACAGGAACGGCGUCAUUCAACCUGGCAAAUGUAAAUCCCGCUGUCCAAGUCAGCAUAUUGGUCAUGAUGUACAUCGGUAUCUUUCCCAUCGCACUCUCAACGCGCGCGUCCAACACAUAUGAACAACGGGCGUUGGGGAUAUACCCACAUGAUCGUGAGUUGGAUGAAUAUAACGGCAAAACUUACAUCUUGGCCCAUAUCAAGAACCAACUGACGUUCGAUCUAUGGUAUAUUUUCCUUGGUUUCUUUUGCAUCUGCGCUUCCGAGUCGAAAAAGAUCAUGGAUCCUAAUGAACCGGCAUUUUCUGUUUUCGCGAUGUUGUUCGAAGUGACAUCUGGCUAUGGAAACGUCGGCCUCAGUCUAGGUUAUCCCGGCAUCAACACCUCUCUAUCCGGAAAAUUCAGCGUCUUUAGCAAAUUGAUCAUGUGCGCCAUGAUGUUACGCGGCCGCCAUCGCGGUUUACCAUCCCAACUCGAUCGCGCCGUCAUGCUUCCUGGCGACCGCCUUGUCGAUGGCGAUGAGAGGGAAAACACUACUGAGAUCAGAAACUCAACAAAAAUCAAACGCCAUCACACCCACUGA